AUGUCUGAGGAGCUACCAAAGAGGAUUUUUAAUGAGGGCGACGAGCCCCAAGUGACUCAGAUCAAUAACAACUGCAGGAUCGACUACAUUAUCAAGAAGUUCGAGAAGUGGAUGCCAAAGGAGUUUGCUGAUGUGAAGAAAGAUCCGAUUUUCUCUCAGGUUUUCAAGCUUCAUGAGAAUGGUCUUGGCUACUCCGCGAGAGUGAUACACAGCAUCUUGUGCAGGGAGCUUUUGACUUACAUGAUGCACGAGCUAUGGUUUGUUUUCGCGCGAAGGCCACAUCGAUUUUCACUCCAAGAGUUCCAUGCAGUGACCGGGUUUGAGUGCAGGACUAGUCUUUCACUUAAGAUUGACUUAGAAGACUAUGCAUAUGACGGUGGUUUCUGGAGCAAGGUCUUGAAGAGGAAAGAUGAAUCCAUUACACUCUUCAACCUGUGGAAUAAGGACAAGGCAGCUGUGAUGAAGUGGAAGAAUGCAGAUCGCAUUAGACUCAUCUACUUGGCCAUCAUUCUCUGUGUGGUUUUGGCGAGAGAUGAGAAGGCCAAUAUCCCCCUCAAAUACAUCACACUGGUCAUGGAUCUCGAGAAGUUUCGGAAGUAUCCUUGGGGAGUUGCGGCUUACGACCUUCUCUGCAGUUCGAUAGCCAAAAACCGUCACAAACUGAAGGAGAAGACAACAAGUUAUGUGUUAGAUGGAUUCUCCUAUGCCUUGCAGAUUUGGGCUAUGGAAGCUGUUCCAAAGAUUGGGAAGCUUUGUGGAAAGAAACUGGACAAAAGAUUUGCUAAUGGUCCUAGAUGCAUCAACUGGAGGGGGGCUGCAAAGGUUUCAUAUGAUGAGAUCAAUAGGCUGGAGCAAAUCUUUACAACAGAGGAUGUCAGCUACCCAUACAUCUCAUGGGAAGGGAAUAUGGUUGUAAUCCAAAGUCAGGAAUUUCGCAGAGAUGAUGAUGUCGAGGAUGACAGGAUCAAUGUUGUGAUGGAGUUGAUACGGGCUAAGCAUGACUUCAGUGAGCAUAUUUGGGAAUUUGAAGAAACUGAGGUUUCUUUAGAUGUUAAUGAUGAAGCACCAGCGAAUGUUGAAGCAGCUGAGAGUGAGGAAGAGUUCGAGACUCCACAAGGAUCAAAUAACGUAAGCUCUACAUCAAGAAGGGGUAAGAAGAGGGUCCCUGAUCGUGGUAUGGAAAAAAGGAAGCAUAAGGUUCUCUCUAGUGCACCAAAGCAAGCGCCUUUUAACGAAGACAUGAAGGCUUUCGUGACACAGUUGUUUGAAGACAACUUCUCUGCAAUGGAAAAGAGGCUACAGAAACAGAUGUCCGAGACUUUUGAGCAAAUGAAGUCGGACCUCAUUGCUUCCCGAAAAGAAGCAAGCGUUGAAGUUGAGCAUGGAGGGCCUUCACCGUCCAAGGCAACAACGAGCCAACCACCGUUGAGGAGGUCCACACGAGGGGUAAAGAAACUCUAAUCUUCGCCAAUCUCUGCAAUGUUUUUUUCUCUUGUUUAUUAGAUGGUUUCGGUGCCUGUUUGUGUUAUUGUCUUAUAUGAUAUCGGCCUGGAUUUUGUUGUGUUUUAUAAGGUCUCGGUUUGGAUGUGUGCUUGAUGUGUAAGUGUCUUGUUUGAAAUUUAUGUAAUGGUUGUGAACUUGUACUAAGAUAUUUAUGUAAUGUUUUAUUAAUGUGAUGGAUAU